UUGCCAAAGGACUCUUUUAUUGUCUGUGUGUGCUGUGAACCUUGUCCUGUGAACGUCCACAGCGUCUCAGUCUGAGUAGGUACACACACACUCAGGACUCCAUGAGGUCCUCCACAGGCUUCCAGGAUGCGAUGGAAUUUCCACGUUUUACCUUCAAUCCAAAGGAAGGGAUCGAUAAUCCAGCUCUGGUCCUCACUGAUGAUCCUGAGCCUGAUCAGAGCCUGAUGCCCAGACUGUACCAGCUGAAGCGUCUGGAGGGGCAGAGCUUUGGCUUCUACCUGCGGAUGGACCAGAGCAGCCAGGGCUUUGAGAUCAGACAUGUGGAGCAAUGGAGUCCUGCAGAGCACAGCGGCCUCAGAGACGGAGACCGAGUGCUGGAGGUCAACGAGCAAUACGUGGAUAACAUGGACUUCUACAGGAUGGUGAGGAAGAUCCAGUCAUGUGGCUUACACCUGUUUCUCCUGGUGUUGAGGAGAGAACAGUAUGAACAGGCAGUGUCUAUUGGUGUGGACCUGCAGACGCUGGCCAAGGCCUCCAAAGGGGAGCACUGGUCCAGACCCAGACUGUGUCACAUCAGCAGACACCCGGAGCAUGGCCUGGGGAUGACCAUCAUCUCAGUGGAAGGUCAGAAGGGUCAGUACAUUGUGAGCAGAGUGACUGAUGGUCCAGCAGAGAAAGCUGGUGUCUGCACUGGAGACAGACUGAUCUGGAUCAAUGGAGUCAUGGCGUCAACGCUCACACAAUCCACUCUCAGCAGAACUGUAAAGAAGAGUGGGGACUCAGUGACGGUGCUGGUCAUUGACAGUGAGAGUGAGUGUUGCUAUGUCAGGAGGAAGAUGCCCAUCCUGCCUGUGAUGGCAGAAUGUUGCAGCCUCCCCCACACUGCCAAGACCAUGCAUCUGGUUAAAGGAUGCGAUGGAUACGGCUUCCUGCUGAGACAAGAGAAGCUGGCAGGCACUCAAAGGAUAGUUCACGUGUUGAGGGAGGUGGAUGUGGGGAGUCCAGCUGAGGGGGCAGGGAUGGAGGAUGGAGACCUGCUGUUAGCUGUCAAUGGGGAACCUGUUGAGUCUAUGGAGCAUGAGGACAUUGUCAAAAAGAUUAGACGGAGUGGUGAUAAAGUCAUCCUUGCCUCUAUAUCUAUACCAGGAAGAGACUUUUACAGAGAGUUAGGCAUUUCUCCCCUGUUGUUCCAUGACGAAUGUACACUCCAGGAUGACAGACAGCAGACUGUCUCCCACUGCACUGAAAACCAGAAUGUAACUACUCUUAGAAAUGGAUGUCUGACAUAUUCCACAAUGUAUGUUCAGGACAGAGAGGAGAACACCUCUGGUUUCCACUCAGACUGUGUCCUGGAUCAGUCAGGAACUUUAACCAAACAGAAGGAAGAUUCGGAUUUACCAUUUUCUUCAUGGAGAGGAGUUUAACCACUGAGCCCUGCUCUCUCCCUCUAAAAGUAGACUCAGCUGUAUUCCUCCGCUGCCUACUGAGGAUCAGUUUCGCCAUUGAAACCGCCGACAGCGUGGUGCCCGGGCCAAAAUCAGCAUCCGAGCCUGAGAGGACUAAUCCAAAAGGACUGACGCAUUAAAUAGCUAUCAAGAGCGAUCUCAAUUAAGAGGCUUAUGUCUGGGCAGAGAUAGGUUUAUAACUGUUUAUUAUUUUUACCCAAGCUGAAUUUGUUGUAAUUGUGCUUUGCAUUAUUGUGGAAAAUAAUGGACCACCGCGUCCCAUAUUGCUGUGUGUUUUCAUGCUUAGCACGUUCCAUUUUUGUGUCUGUACCAUGUUUUUGUUAGUUUUAGUCAUUGGGGAAGCUAAUAAUUGUGCUUUAUCAGACUAAAGUCCAAUAACCCUGCUGUUGGAUGUAAGUUCCGGGUUCCUGUGUGAUAAAGGGACAGCUAUUGUGUUUUACCACACCAUUUGAGAUUUCUUGUACCUUACUCAGUGUGAUUUUCUUUGUCUCUGUAACGACAGGCAAUGAACUCAAAUGCAGACAUAGGAAACCAGGAGGUGAGAUAAGAACAGUCUUUACUUUCCAGAAUGCAAAGUUGGUACAAGGGUAGGCAGUCAGGAGAGAGCAAACAGAUCCAACAGGGUGAGGCUAAAGCAAGGUCCGGAUAACAGGCAGGAAUCAAACAACCAGAAACACUAAUACGAGGUAUGAAUGCUGGAAUGUGAGACACAGAGGUACUAAAACGAACAUGGCACAGAGUGAAGGGAAGCAGUAGACUAAAUACUCAGGUGGGUGAUUAGGGCAAGCAUUCAAUCAGGACAGGCUGAAAGCACACAAGGGGCAGGAAGUGAAGUACUCUGAAACGAGAGGAGAGAUGAGUAACAGAAUAAAACAGGAAAUAAUAAUGACAUGAAUGACAGGGAAACAAAACAUUGACCUAAGAGGCAGAGCGGGAUAUUUCAGUCUCUCCUCUUCACUAACCCACACACAUUUACAUGUACAUAUACACACCUACAUACACAUCUCAAACAACCCAGAAACUAUAACUAGCUAUGCUCCACGCCAUCUUGAGGACUAAUAGAGCAAGUUCUCCAUUUUGGCUCUCUCCCUUUGUUUGAAUUUCAUGGGCAUGUCCGCCAUUUUGGAUCUGUGCAUGAUGACCACCCACGUCAUGUCUGCCAUCUUCCUUGCUCCCCCCUCACUAUUGUCCCCGACAUAAGCAUAAAUUAUGGGGGCUGUAAUCCCCCCAAUAAUCACAACUGGCCAGUACAACCCCUCCAAAUAUCAUAUCAUAAUGAUGAAUCGAAUGAAAAAUAUUAACUGUUAGAAAAGACGGUGUAGUCCCUCAUUCGUCUAGGAGUGUUGAAAAGGUAGAAAAGGUUUCAGUCGUCGUCACCUGGACACUGUUUUCAGAAUCAAGACGUUUCGG